AUGGACCCCCUUGCAUCCGUCCAGCCCGAGCCGAAUGACUCACGGGCCAUGAUGUUGGCCGCAUUUGUGGCCUCCGGCGACGAGGCCGGCGUUCGCCGCGUCAUCGAAGCCGACCCUGGCGCCGUCAAUGAGGUUGGCCUGGAUGGAACAUCUCCACUCUGUGCUGCUGCUAUGUGGGGCCACGUGAACAUCCUUCGCUUGCUUCUGGACUCAAUGGCCUCCCCUGCACUGCGGAACGAGAACGGCCCACAAUGGACAGCUCUACAUGCUGCCGCAUUGCAAGAGGAGGGCAAGGCCUGCAUGCUGCUGCUGGAAAAACGAGCGAACCCUGAGGAGAGAGAUUUGGAAGGGGUGACCCCUUGCGACUAUGCAUCAGUCUCCGAAGCGGUUUGGCCUAUCUUCGCAGCAGCUGGCUGCAGCCGCGAGGGGAAAGAAGCCUUGGUUCAGAAAGGCGUCCUGCGAAAGGCCAGCUCAACACUUGAGCAGCAGCUGGAGCGUGAAGCAGAGCAAGGCCCGUCGCGGCGAGGCCUCAUCACCGAGUACUCACGCCCUGGAAGCUCCUAUGUGGUCAGUCGGGAGUUUCCCCCACGGCCAGGCUCCUCCAUGGGCUCUGGCCGCCUGGGCACUGCAGCCAGAAAGCCGACGCGACCGAUCGAUAUUCUCGAGGAGGAGGGGGAAGCCCCCGACGUCUCCAGCAUGGGACGAUCUCUGGCGAUGUGA